CCCGGGCUACCACUGGGGCGACGACAUCUCAUUCGACUCGUCGACCGGCGCACUAGACAUGGAUGCUGGGUUUGAGCGGAGUAAGCGGCUUAUCAACGAUGCUGUUAUUCGCGACGUGCUGGUCGGGAAGUGCGGGUAUGCGCUGCGCGAGAUAUCGCUUUUUGGGCUGGGUCAGGGCGGGAUGUUAGCUCUGUUAGCUGCUCGAGAGCUGGACUUAUCUACCGCUAGUGGUGCUGCUGCUACUGCUACUGCUGGUAGUGGUCGUGGAAACAGCACUCUAGGCGGAAUAAUCUCAAUAGGCGCACCCUUCCCGCUCUCAAGCGCCGGAAACUCAAAGCAAGGCAGCAAGAACCGCACGCCGGUGUUGCUUGUUGCGGGGCGGGAUUCGCCGGUUGUGAGCGACGGCGCUGUGAGGCGGACGCAGGCGGAGUUUGAGUUUGUGGAGGUGCAUCGGUAUGCGAGGCGGGGGGAUGGGAUGCCGCGGAGUCGGGAGGAGAUGGGUCCUGUGAUGGGGUUUUUGGCGAGGAUAUUGAGGAGUUGGGCGGGGGUUCCGGGGGGGAGUGUUGAGGUUUCUUGA